AUGGGUUCCCUCAAUAUUCAAGCACAGCCACAAGUUAAUACUCAGUGUCGAAUCCCCGAGGUUGAAGAAAGACAGGAUUUAUCAAGGCAUUACUCACCCAUGGUCGAGGAGACUGAGCUGAAUUUCGAUACGGGUUUGCUGGCAUGGCUGCAGGUACUGGCAUACCAAACCUAUUAUGAGCGAAACUUGCUAUCGGAUUUCUCGUCGUCCUCUAUAGCCUGGAUAGGGUCUCUUCAGUCGUGUCUUCUUAUGGUGGUUGGUAUUUUUACGGGCCCACUGUUUGACGCAGGCUACUUCUAUGGGCUGACCAGCUUUGCAGCUUUCGUGCUGCCGUUUGCCUUAAUGAUGACGAGCAUUUCAACCGAGUACUGGCAAUUAAUCCUCGCUCAGGGUCUCUGCGUUGGUCUAGCAGCCGGUUGUCUCCUCGUGCCAUCUAUUGCCGUUCUACCUCAAUAUUUUCGACGCAGAAUAGCUUUUGCUAACGGCGUCGCCGCUAGCGGUAGUAGCAUCGGUGGUGUUAUAUAUCCCAUCAUGUUUGAUCAGCUGCGAAGAAAGGUCGGUUUUGCCUGGGCGACACGAGGCCUCGGCUUCGUCUGUUUUGCCACUGUUUGUAUAUCAAUGAGCAUUAUGCGUGUGCGCAUUACGCCGAAAGAGAAACGCAAGCUUUUUAACUCUUCUGCUUUCAAAGAACCGACAUACUGCCUUUUCGCUGGAGCGAUGUUCCUGGGCUUUCUGGGGUUCUAUAAUUUUCUCUUCUACGUUCAGACGUAUGCGAUCGAAACUGGCAUCGUCAACAGUGACGUGGGUUUCUAUUUGGUUCCCAUGCUGAAUGCUGCCUCGACCUUCGGUCGCAUCCUGCCAAAUUUGGUCGCCGACCACACUGGGCCACUCAAUAUGUUGACUCCUGCCGUGUUAACAACCUCCGCUCUGGCUUUCAUAUGGAUCUCAGUACAUGAUGCGGCUAGUAUGAUUGUCUUGACCAUUUUCUACGGCUUCCUGUCGGGUGGGUUUGUCUCGUUACCCCCAGUGGUGAUGGCCAGCCUGACAUCGGAUAUGCGGUUUUUUGGUACCCGUCUUGGCAUGCUUUUUGCCAUAAUGUCGAUCGGCCUGUUGGUUGGCACUCCGAUCGGCGGUGCCAUUCUGAGUGCCACUCAACAGUAUCUAGGUGUUCAGCUGUUCACAGCGAGUUGUCUCGGCGCAUCGGCAAUUUUGCUGACUUUCUUGCGAUUCAUGCGUUCCGGCUUUGUUCUAGUUUCUAGAACAUAA